UCUAUAAAAGGAAACUUCUAACAUACCUCCUUUCCUCACCCCCAAAUUUUUUUUAAAAAAAAAUAAAAAAUGUUGAAUACAUACACAAACAAUAUCACCAAAACCCCAUCACCAUUUUCACUCCGGAAGCCCUUCAUUACCGGAGGCGAAACGAGUUUCGUUCAACUAUACAAUUCUUCAUCUACUAGGGCACACAAUAAUGCAUCUCUUAUUGGUGGUGGUGGUGGUGGUGUUGCACCUAGGGCACACCGCCGCCGUCACGGUGGUCGAAACGGCGGCGGUGGCGGCCGCCUUAGAGUUGAAGCAUCAUUAUCAUCAUCAGUAACCACCAUAGAUAGUGAACAAGCUGUGAAAGUUAAGGCUAUUGUCUCAGUAAAACAAACCGUUGGUGGUUUAUUAACCAAUAUGGGGGUUAGCCGAGGGCUUGAUGAUAUUAGUGACUUGCUUGGUAAAAGUCUCCUCUUGGAAAUUGUUAGUGCUGAGGCUCAACCAAAGACGGGAAAGGAGAAGAAGACGAUCAAAGGGUACGCCCAUCGUUUAAAAGCCGAGGACGGGCUGGUGAAAUACGAGGCGGAUUUAGUCGUCCCACCGGAUUUCGGCGAAGUGGGUGCCGUACUUGUUGAAAAUGAACACCACAAAGAGAUGUAUCUCACUGAUAUUCUCCUUGAUGGUUUACCUUUUGGGUCAGUUCAAUUUACUUGCAAUUCAUGGGUUCAUGCCAAGUUUGACAACCCUGAAAAAAGGGUUUUCUUCACUAAUAAGUCAUACUUGCCAUCGCAAACACCGAUUGGAUUGAAGAAGUUGAGAGACAAAGAGCUUGAAAGUAUGAGAGGGAAUGGAAAAGGAGAACGCAAGAAUUUCGAGAGAAUUUACGACUAUGACACUUACAAUGACCUUGGUGAUCCAGACAAAGAUCCUGAAUUAGCAAGACCAAAUUUGGGUGGCAAUAAAGAACUUCCUUAUCCUCGACGUUGUAGGACAGGGCGUCGUCCUACUAAGACAGAUCCAAGUUCGGAGAGCAGAUCUCCUACAGUGUAUGUGCCUAGAGACGAAACAUUCUCGGACGUGAAGCAGGCGCAAUUCGGGUUCAAAACCGUGUACUCGGUGCUUCAUGCUGUAAUACCAUCCCUAGAGAUGGCCAUGGUUGAUCCGGAACAAGGAUUUCCGUACUUCACCGCCAUCGAUUCGCUCUUCAAUGAAGGAAUUAAUUGUCCUGCAUUGGAACAACAUGGAAUCUUGCAAAAUAUGUUACCUAGGCUCGUUAGGGCUGUCACUGAUAUUGAAGAUAAUAUGCUUCGAUUCGAGCUCCCUAAGAUAUUUGAUAGGGAUAGGUUUUCUUGGUUCAGAGAUGAGGAGUUCUCUCGCCAAACACUUGCUGGCUUGAAUCCUUUAAGCAUCAAACUUGUUACGGAAUGGCCCCUGAAGAGUAAUUUGGAUCCCAAAAUUUAUGGCCCACCAGAAUCAGCUUUGACAACAGAACUCAUAGAGAGCCAGAUAAAAGGAUCCACAACACUUAAACAAGCAUUGAAAGAGAAAAAGUUGUACAUAAUUGAUUACCAUGACAUGUUUUUGCCUUACGUGAACAAAGUUAGGGAGCUCAAGGGUACGACUUUAUAUGGAUCGCGGACUUUGUUCAUUCUUACCGAAGGAACUCUAAGACCUUUAGCUAUUGAAUUAACUCGGCCUCCCACGGAUGGGAAGCCGCAAUGGAAGGAAGUGUAUAUGCCGGGAACCACCGCCACUUCCGGCUGGCUUUGGAAGCUUGCCAAGGCUCAUGUCCUCGCCCACGACUCUGGUUACCAUCAACUUGUCAGCCACUGGCUAAGAACUCAUUGCUGCACAGAACCUUACAUAAUAGCAGCAAAUCGCCAGCUGAGUGUAAUGCACCCAAUAUAUAGGCUAUUGCACCCUCAUUUCCGAUACACGAUAGAGAUCAACGCCCUUGCUCGGCUAGCUUUGAUUAAUGCAGGUGGUAUCAUCGAGGGCUCCUUCUCACCAGGGAAGUACGCUUGUGAGAUUAGCUCUGUCAUCUAUGGUUUGGAGUGGCGAUUUGAUCAUGAAGCCUUACCAGCUGACCUUAUUAGCAGGGGUUUGGCAACUGAAGAUCCAACAUCACCACAUGGAGUAAAGCUAACAAUAGAGGAUUAUCCAUACGCGGCUGAUGGCCUAGACUUAUGGGCUAUCAUCAAGCAAUGGGUGACAGAUUAUGUGAACCAUUACUACACAGAUUCGAGCCUCGUAGAGUCAGAUCAAGAGCUUCAAGCUUGGUGGACGGAGGUAAGAACCGUAGGGCAUGGAGAUAAGAAAGACGAGCCAUGGUGGCCAACCCUCAAAACAAAUGAGGACCUUAUCCAAAUUGUCACCACCAUAAUAUGGGUGACUUCAGGGCACCACGCAGCUGUUAACUUUGGACAAUAUGCCUAUGCAGGUUACUUCCCUAAUAGGCCUACCGUCAUCAGGGCUAAGAUGCCUACAGAAGACCCCACUCCUGAAGAAUGGAAACACUUCAUAGAAAAGCCUGAGGAAACGCUUCUUCGUAGCUACCCUUCGCAAAUACAGGCUACUAGAGUUAUGGCUAUUUUGGACGUGCUCUCGGGCCAUUCACCCGAUGAGGAGUAUCUCGGCGAGACUAUGGAGUCGGCUUGGGAGACUGAACCUAAGAUUAAGGCGGCUUUCGAGAAGUUUAAUGGAAGGUUAAAGGAGUUGGAGGGGAUUAUUGACGAAAGGAAUGCUGACGAGAAGUUAAAGAAUAGAUAUGGUGCAGGAAUUGUGCCUUAUGAAUUGUUGAAACCUUUCUCCCAUCCUGGAGUCACUGCUAUGGGUGUUCCAAAUAGCAUCUCUAUCUGAUAAAUUGCGACAAUUGGGUUGUUCGAUAGUCAAUUCUUGGCUUCUUUAAUAGCAAAUCUCAUGAAUAAAAAUGUACUCUGUAGUAUAGACCUGUCAAAAAUCGACCCGACCCGAAAAUCGACCCGAACCCGACCCGAACCCGACCCGAAAAUAAUGGGUCCUGAACAAGAUUUUGUGACCCGUAACCCGAUUUUAUCCGAACCCGAGCAGCCCGAAAAGUAAUGGGUCAAAACCCGACCGAACCCGUUUUGGACCCGACCGAUUGAAAAUCGUUGUAUUUAUCGUAAUAAAUGCGAUUAUGAGAAAAUUUAAGCAUAAUAAACACGCUGUUUUUACUAUUA